CGAAAUUUCAAUCAAAAAAACAUUUUUUCAAAGAUUAAUUAAUUUUACCAGAAAUACAGCAUAAUUCACCAAUAAAAGUGUCAAUAAACAAUAACAACAGCAAAAUACAGCAGAAUCAAAUUGAGAAUAAAUCAAAAUGGACCUAGAAAAUGAAUUGCUUAAUUACAUUAAGAACAGCCUUAAUGGAUCACCGGAAAGUAGUGUUAAAUUCUUAAUUAAAUCAUGGAAUUCAUCUUUACUGGAUACGAACGUCAAAUAUGAGAUAAUUUUAAGGAAUUUCGAGAAAACAUUUUUAAAUCAACUUUUAACAGCCAAAAAUUAUGAUUUAAUUAAGGAAUGUCUUGAUCUAAAGUUCCCGCAAAGCUCUGUGAGUAAUAAUGUGAUUAAAUCAGUGCUGAAUAGUGUAAAAAGUAUAUUAAAAGACCAGACAACAGAAUCUAUAGAAUGUUGUACAACAAUUAUGCUAAAUGAAAGCUAUAAAGAGUAUUUUAAGCAAAACUUGACAACUUACAGUAAAUUCAUUGGAUCUACAUUAACAAGCUUCGAUGAAAUUAAGUGCAAUAAGUAUGAGAUAAUAGAUUAUAUCGUCCGUGAACUUCAUUAUUUCGCAAACUUGAACGAUUUCUCAAAGCAAUUCAGACAGAAUGUUCUAUUACAGCUGUAUAAAGCAGCAAAUAAGACCGAUAAUGUUAAUAGUAUGUGGAACUUGAUUAAAUCAAUAUUUUUCUCACGAUCACUAUCAUUAAAUGAGGAUUCAGACGAUGAAUCCAUUAAAAUAUUCAGCGAUAAGGAAGUGACCUAUGAGCAAAUGGAAGUGCUCAUCGAAUCAUUCAUAAUAUCAUUCAAAUCUGAUUCGUUAAAGAUUGUAAAGUUUUUAAAUCAUUUUAAUGAGAACGUAUUGUCAAAGUACGAGAGCAACAAUGAUGAAUAUCUAAUUCACGUAAAAAUGCUCUACACAAUAUUAAAGAAACAUGAUAUAGAAAUAGCGGCUUUAAAAAAACUAGAAUCAACCUUUGAAAGCUUUUCACUGCAAAUAAUAGAUCGCGUGGAAAGUUCAAUUAAUGAGAUGAAUUUAUGUGAAUAUUUUCAAGUGCUAUCGACGAUUAUCGCGUACGAUCCAUUCAUUUUUGUUGAUAAUAACAUGAUUUAUAAGCUAAUUGCUGAAUGUAUGAUGAAGGAGAAAUGUGAAGAAGAUAUGUCUAGUUAUGAAUUACUUCUAUCUACUGUUGUAAAGAUUUUCGGAAAGGAUAUCUAUCAAUUUAUUAAGAAACUAUUGUCUGCGAUUAGUUUAAAGCUUGUUGAUUUUGAAAUUCCAAAGAAAAGAAAGAGGAAGAAUUCAAUUGAGCCAAAAGGAAGUGCUAAGAAGAAGAUGAAGCUUAAUGAUGGAUGUCCAGCAUCAGUAGAGAGCUUCCAUAUCACUAACAUUUGGCCAAACUCCAUUAAAACCCUUUUUGAUGAAAUAUUUGCAGACAUAAAUGUCAAUCAGACAACAAAAUUAUGGAAAUAUUUAAAUGACUGUUUAAGGGACAUAAUCAGCAACUUGAAGGAUUCAAUUGAUGAAAAUAUUCUAUUUAAAAUUGACUUUAUCUCAUCCUUAAUAUGCCAAUUAGUCACUUCCAGUAGAAUUCAUGAGCAUCUUGUUUACAAGUCGUCGGAGAUUUCAGAUAUAAUCGACGACUUUAACGACGUACAGCACAACUUUUACGAGACAAUAAUAGAAAUUGAAUAUAAUAACCGAAUCAUGAACGCGUUCCUCAAAAUGUCUUAUGAUUAUGAGAAUUUUAUAAUGAUGUACUUUUAUCAUUACGAUGAAGAAGUUAAAAGUGAACUUGAUCCAAUUUUUAUAGCUGACAAAUCAAGAAUAAAGUCCAGUGAAUGGAAAAUUAUUCAGCAAAGAAUUAAUAAUUUUGGAAAAACUGAAGAAAAGAGUUAUUCGAAUCUUUUAAUGCUCCAGCAUCUUAUCAAAGGAAAAUUGUUUAAAAUAUCAAAUCACGAUGACGAUAAAGACUUCCUGCAAACCCUUUUAAUUAAUAAAGAGCAGAUAAAUUUGUUAUUAGAUCAAAAGCAUAUUCGUCUACAUAUUUUCAAUCUCUUAAAUGAUGAAUCAGCAGUCACAGACUUGAUAGACAUUUUAUACUCAAAAAUUAAUGAUGAUAAGGAGAAACUUUCCAUAGUUUUGAGCAUUGCUAAAAAUAAUUCAAAAAUGCUAGAAUCACUGACGAGUUUAAUGCUGAAAAACAACGACAUUAAUGAUUCUAUUGAAGUAAUAAAGACUCUGCCGAUUGCGUAUAUGACGCAAGAAAUCAAAAAGAUGAUAAUACAGAAAUUGCUACUUGAUACAAAAGCAGGCACGACAGAUGAAAAUUGUUUUGAUUUGAUAAUCACAUUUAAUAAGAUCUUUAAAAAUGAUGGAUAUAAGAAUUUCUUUAAAGAUUUCACUCUCAUUUCAUUGAUUGAAAGUCUUAGUGACAUUAAUACGUUCAAGACUGUUUAUGAGAUGAUUUUUAGAACCAGUGUUAAGAAAAUGUCUGCAGACGUGCUUAGCAAUCUAGAAUGGAUUUUAAAAGAAAGCAAAAAUAAUGAAUUAAUUGAAAUUUUAGCUACAACAAUGUGUGACAUAAACCUUUCAGCAACAAACGAAUGUAGUAUUGAUAAGAUAAACAAUUUCAAAUUGGAAGUGAUUGACAAUUUAUCAUCAAAACUUAAUAUACAGAAUAUUGUCAAGGAACAGCGUUUAUUCUGUAUAUUUUCAAGGCUCUGCAGUCAAAACAUGCAGAUUGUUAAAGAUGAAACUAAGGAACAUCAUUUGAAUCUGUUAAAUAAGUUGCUAGGAUCGAUGGCAAAAUCUACAGCAGCAGAUAACACGAUCGAAUUAUUCAUGUUAGCCCUGAAAGAUGCCAAGAAAUUAAAUCUUAAUGAUGAAAUUAAAGGCGGGAUUGUUAAGGCAUUAACAAAACAUCUGCGCAAUGUUAUUGAAGAUAAAAUGUUAAAAGCAGAAGAAAACGAAAAGAAGUCCAAUAACGUUGAUAGAGAAAAAGAUUUAAUAACGACAUUGAGCUCAUUUAAAAGUAAUUGUCGCGAAGAAUGUUCACAAUUUUUACAUAAACUUCUGAACGGAAAGGACGCAGUGGUUACAGAUAAACAAUUAAUCUAUAGCUUUAUGAUUUACGAAAUAUUAUUUGAGAAUUGCGAGAAGAAUGAGAAAAAGGAGAAUACAACAUUAGUCAAAAGCUAUAUGAAGCAUUGCGAUAAUUUAGUCAUGGUACGAGGCAAGAUAACAGAAACUGACCUCCUGUGUUCCAUAUAUUCGACUCAUAUCUCUAUGAUGAAAUGCUACAAAGAGAAAUUAAAUUUUCUUAUUAUUGAUGACAUUUUCAACUUUCACAUUGAUCAACGUCAUCAACCAGCAUCGGAAUCUGUUGAAGAUUUUUGUAAAUUUUAUGAUAGUGUUGGACAAUUUUUGUUUGUGCUUGGAAACUUCCAACAGAAUUACUUUAAAUCAAGAAUCCCACAAUAUUUCAAGGCUUACAAUAAGUUUCUAGAGGCAAUUUACUUCUACAAGGCUGAUGAUAAAGAACAAUUCGAUGCAAAGGAAUCAUCAAUGUUGUUAAGGCUCACAUUACAGCUAGAAAACAUCAUGAAAAUGCUGAUGAAACUUCACAGCAAUUCAUUCAGUAUCAUUUCACCAUACAUAGUCUCGUCGAUCGUAAAUGUCUUUAUCAAAAAUCCCAAAAUGCUCAAUGUUGGUGAUAAGUUUAAGGUGAACAUCAAAAAUAUUUGUUAUCAACUUUUGUCAACAUUUGAUGAUAAAACUCGUAAACAUAUUUGUGCUGUCGUUGAUGAAUCGACAAGAGAUGUCUAUGACAAUUUGUUCUUAGAAUUUAAAAGAAAAUGAAACAAGUAAGUUCUGAAAUUAAUUAGAAAUAAGUAACAAAGUUUUGUAUAGAUACUGUUUAAAUAAAUUUUUUCAU